AUGCCUUUAAAAUGUUGUGUUCCAAACUGUUCCUCAAAUUAUAAGUCUUCAGCUUGUAAUGUAUAUGUGUAUAAAUUCCCUCGUGAAGUAUGUGAGAAAACUAAAUGGUUUAUGAGCAUCCCUCGUUUAAAUUGGACCGUAACAAAAUACACCGUUGUUUGUAAAUUGGAUUGGCCAGAUGAUGCAGAGUUUAAAUUAUGUCGUGGUAAAUUGAGACCAAUUCAUCCUCCAUGUUUCCAAAUAUAUCUAAAAGUUGUCUAUCCUCUCCACCACCUAAAACGAGAAAGACUUUAUCUUCUUCUUCAAAAAGAGUCAUCUUUAAAUGAAGCCCUUAGAUAUCUGAAAGUUGAAGAUAAGGAUCAUAAAACUCAAGUAAUGUUUGAGCAUUUAAAUGUAAUGGGAGAUCAUACUGUUGGCUGUGCUGUGUAUUCUCCAGAUAUAAUAACCAGAGCUUUUGAAUAUUUUGCAACAAGUCGUUCCACUUACCAUCAAUUAGGUUAUGAUUAUCAGUUGCCAAGUAUUCGAACUUUGACACGUAUAACUUCAAAAAUAAACUCUCAAAAUGAUGUUACUUUUUUAAGUUCUGUGAAAAUGUAUUACAAUGUCGUCAUCAUGAUAAUACUUUCAUCUCUACAAUUUAUGAACUCUUUUCCUACUAAGAGACUUAAAAAUGCUUCUCACAAGUCCAAGCAUACAAAAGUUGAAACAGUUGAUGGAAAAAAAACACAAGUUGAACUUUUGAAGCGUUCUACUUAUCCAUCAUUAGGGUAUAAUGGUUUUUAUAAUAGUCAAGAGUCACCAAUGAUUCAAACAAAUCAUGGUUAUAACAGUCCUAUGGUUCCAAUGACUUCUACAAAACACGAUUAUAAUCUCAUGAAUCCAAUAGUUCCUGCGAAUCAUAACUUUAAAAGUUAUGUAGACCAAGCAGUUUCUACAAACCAUUAUUAUAAUAAUCAUGUUGCUCCAACAAUCCCUUCAAGCAAUUAUUAUAACAACCAUGUGAAUCAAAUUAUUCCUAAACAUCUUGAAUACAACAGUCAUGCUAAUCCGAUGAUUCCUAAAAACCGCGGUUAUAACAAUCAUGUUUCUCCAAUAAUUUCUUCACAUCAGUAUUUUAACAGCUAUGGAGCUUCAAUAUUUCCUGAAAAUCGCAAUUACAAUAGUCACGUGGCUCAAACGAUACCUAAAAAUCUUGGUUCUAAUUUAGCAUACAAUCUAAAUAGUAACUAUAAUCCAGCCAAUAACUUUAACUACAAUAAUCCUCAUCAAAGUAAUCCUUUGCCACUGUGUUCUAACCUAUUUCAUCAAAAUCAAAAUGGCAUUCACUGCAUUGAUAAAAGUCCUAAUUACCAAUAUAAUGUAUUACCUUACGAUUCAAAUAAAAAGUAUCCUCAAAUCCAUCAAUUAGAAAAUCAGCAUGUAAAUCUAGUAACAAAUGAUCUACAUAAUAUUUUGCACAAUAACAACAUACUUGACUUGACUAAUGGUUUUAACGAACACGGAGAUAAAAUAGCACCUGCGUUGCCAUUAUCGACAAAUAAUGUUUACCAUAAUCAAUUAGACUCUGUGGAUGGGUAUUGCUAUAACUGCUGGUACGAUGCAAGUGAUGAGUACUUACACAAUCUUGAAAAAAACGAUAAAGACAACCCAAAAGAAAAUAACGAUAAAACUAACAAUAAAGAAAAAUACGAAAACAACAACCCAAAAGAAGAUAACGAUAAAAAUAUCAUCAAAGAAAAAAAUAUUUCAAAUAACCCAAAAGAUGAUAACGAUGAAAAUAAGAAAAAAGAAAAAAACAAUGAGAACAGCCCAAGUGAUAAUAAUGAUAAAAAAAAACAACAAGAAAAAAAUAAUAAGUACAACAACAAUGGAGAAAACAAUAAAGGCACGUUAGAAGAAAAAGAUAAAAAUAAAGAUAAAGAAAAAAAUGAUAGAUCAGAAGAAAAGAAAGAUGAGAACGAAGAUAAGAAAAAUGAGAACGAAAAUAAAAUCAAAAACAGCAAUAAUAAAGAAGAACAGAGAGUCUUGUAUUUUAUGAAUGAGGGAAAAAAUGAAAAUACCAACGAGGACGAAAAGAAAGCAAACAAAGAAAACAGUAACGAGAAAGAAAAAAUUGAAGAAAAAAACAAAGAAGAAAGUGCUGAUUUGAACACGGAGUUAAAUGGAAAGAAUCAAAAAUACAAUGAGAAAGAAAAAAAAGUUAACGAAAAAAAUUACGAGAAAGAAAUUAAUAAAAAAGAAAACAACGAAGAUAAGGAAGAAAAUGACGAAAAUAAAAAAGAAAAUAACGAAGAAGAAAAUAAAACCACAAAAGAAGGAAUGAAGGAAACUUGCAACUUUAAAAAAGAAACAAAAGAAAAACACAUCGAAGAAGAAAAAAAUGAAAACAACAAAGAUAAAAAAGAAAACGGUGAUAAUAAAAAGGAAGAAAAUAGUAUUGAAAAAGGAGAAACAAGUGAAACUAACAACACUGAAAAAGGAAAAAAUAUAAACAACGAAGAUAAAAAAGAAAACAAUGAUAUUAGGAAGGAAGAAAGUCCUAUUGAAAAAGAAGAAAGUAACGAAACCAACAAUAUCAAGGAAGACAAAAAGGAAAGCAACAAAGAUAAAAAAGAAAAUGAUGGUAAUGAAAAAGAAGAAAGUAAUAUUAAAGAAGAAAGAAAUGAAACAAGCAACAACGAGGAAGAAAAAAAAGUAAACAACGAAGUAAACAAAGAAAAUGAUAACAAAAAAAUGGAAGAAAGUCAUAGUGAAAAAGAAGAUCAAAAAGAAUCAAACAACAUUAAGGAAGAAAAAAAAUUAAACAACGAAAAUAAUGAUGACAAAACGGAAGAAAGUAAUAUAGAAAAAGAAGAAAAAAACAAAAUGAAUAAAAACGAGGAAGAAAAACACAAAUAUAACAAAGGUGAAAAAGAAAAUGAUGAUAAAAAAAAAGAAGAAAAUGCAACUGACAAAGAAGAAAAAAACAAAAUAAACAACGUUGAGGAAGAAAAAAAAGAAAAUAACGAAGAUAAAAAAGAAAAAAGUGAUAAUAAAAAGGAAGAAAGUAGUAGCAAGAAUGAAGAAAAAAAACAAACAAACGAGAAUAAUGGGAGCGAAGAACAAAUAAACGAAAAUAACAAAAAAGACGAAAAAUAGACCAAAAGGAAAUAGCAGCUUUGAUAAACCAGAAAAUGAUAAUAUAUAUAUAUAUAUAUAUAUAUAUAUAUAUAUAUAUAUAUAUAUAUAUAUAUAUAUAUAUAUAUAUAUAUAUAUAUAUAUAUAUAUAUAUAUAUAUAUAUAUAUAUAUAUAUAUAUAUAUAUAUAUAUAUAUAUAUAUAUAUAUCUACUGCACAUACAAAUAUCUUCCUGCGCACCCCGUCAUUUUCUUAUUUUCCAAAAUAAAUACGACCUAUUUUGUGGUUUCUUUUACUGCACCUCAAAAGUUUUAAUGAUGUUUAGAUCUACUUGUAACAAAAUUUUUUAGAAGGUAAAAAUAAAUGCUUUUGAAAUAUAAAUUAAUUUUGUACGAAAGUUUUUUAUACGAACUAAAUAACUUUCAUUUGUAAUUUAUUAUAAAGGUAUAGUAAAAAAAAAGAGUUGAAUAAAGACUAUAGAGUUUUCUAAUAGAAUUUUCGAAACAAAGAUAAAACCUUAAAAAUCAAGAGGCUGAGUUGAAUAUUAUUAUAUUAAUGGCAAGACUGACCUGUUCCUUAUUUAUUGAGAAAAUAUCUUAUUAUAUCUUUUAAUAUUCA